CGCGCGAUGAACACUGAUCUGGAUCUAUCGGACGUUUGAACGGUUACAGAUCUGCAGGAAUUAGUAGUGAAACAAGUUCGGACAAGUGUUUAUAUUUUGUGAAACUUGUGGGAUGGAAAUUGCGGGGAAAAUUAAUGGGAAAAACUGACAAUGAAAUUAAAAGAUUGGUGAUUAUAAUUCUAUUUUGGAAAGUUGUAUUGUUGUGUAAGUUCUGCCAUGUCUCAUGGAGGAUGGCAUUUGCUCGUUCUACACCGGCGCAAUGCAGAAUGCAGCUUGUGGCUUUAAAUCACAAAGAAACUCGUCACUAUUCACCGGAAAGGAAAAAAAGGAGUUCAAGGAAAGUGGUGAGCCCCCGGGGCGUGUACGACGCCGGGCUUCGAAAGCUCCGAGCUUUCUUUCCCGCACCUGAUACAGUAAGCUUAAAGGCUCAACGACGUUCGGCGGUCCGAGUCAUCGGUUAUAUAUACGCACACAGACGCAGCUUGUACUCGAUCGGGAAAGCCACUUUGACGAGGUUGAAGUCCUCCGUUGGUCCCAGGAGGAGAGAUUCCGCGGGAGGGUCCGUCGCCGCAGACGUUGAUUCGGGAGCGUAAGCCGCAGGAAUAACAUCAAAGCCCGACCAAAGGUAAAGCAAUAAAAUAAAAUUAGAAUAAUUCAGACCGCGGUGCAAAUUGAUUCCCUUUGUAAGGACGCCGGACGGCCUGCCGUCCUACGUAAAAGCUGCCUUCAACCGGUGAGAGAAGCACGAAGCAGCCAAGAAGCCAAGAAGCCAAGAGGCCGAGAGGACUUCCCGACUCUCUAAUCAAUGCUUGUGUUAUACAUAUUUCCAACCAUUUUAUUCGUCUUGACUACUUCGUACCGAUUUCAUUCAACUUCUAACUGCAGCACGCAGCUUCGAGGAUUUCAGGUCCUGCUGAAAAGCUGCAAGCACCUUCAACGCAAUCAUUUCUUCUGGUAUCGUGGAUCGGAUUGAAACCAUGCCGGGAACAUGUGUAACGUUGAAAUCGACGUUGAGAAUGGAUCAAGGACAGGUAGACAGA